AUGAGUUCCAACGGUGCUACAAAUGCUCCUGCUGGGGUCAGCAAUACUGAGCUCAUCAUCGCAUGCGUCGCUCUGGUUGUGUCAGGCUUUGCUCUCGUCAUAGCAUUGCUUCAGGCACUUCAGCAAUACUAUGCUUCCGCAACCGGUUACGCCUCGUGUAAGGAAUUAGUGAUGGGUAAAUGGUCCAAAUUUACCCACCGCCGAUUGCGGCUGUUUGAAUUUCGUUUUGAAGUCGAGUUCCAGACUCCAGUAAUUUUCGUUUCAGCUCCAAGCAACAAAAGGGGCCCCCUAGGUCCUCAUAGGGAGAAACAAAAGCAAAGUAUUCUGAGAUGUUUGAAACGCUUUGUAUGGUCCAGGUUUCAGCUCCAGGAUGAACCUCAGGAAGUCAGUCGCCACGAGAUCACAUACAUGGUCGGGACAUGGGAGAGCUAUCAGAAGACUUAUACGUGGAGUCAAGAUAUGUAUGACGAACGAAUUAGGAGCCUCAAGGCUGGGGAGACUCGUCAGGCCAUUCGUACAGCCGAUAACGAGCUUGCAACAUGGCUCGCGCUGCUCAUGGCGUUGCAGCGAAUGGAGAAGGAAUCUAGACAAUGGCAGGCAGAAGAGUUUUUCGGCUAUAAUGUCUCCAAUAACGAGUGGUGCAACAGGGCUUCCCAUACCCCACUCCUGGACAACUUUGACAGAAACGACGCGAAUAACCUACAUACUCUCACCGUGGGUAUGCAGAAGAAGAAGAAAUCGUGGGACACCAUGCCAGAGCACAUGAAGAAGCCUUACGCCACUUCAACCAUUUGCCAUAUAGUUGAGAUCAUCGCUAUGCUUGGCAUUCACUGGAGGGUCUUCAACCGAAAUGAAAACCGGUAUCGUGCACAGGGCAAUGGCUUUCUCGUUACUGGUGCUAAUGUUGACGACCUCGGUAUAGUUUUUUCUUCCCAUAAAAUGGGCGAAACUUGGUUCAAGGAGAACCGUAUCAUCCCAAACGAGAACGUUAAGGAACUGUGCUUUGGAUACUGCCCUACUAUUUUCCGCCUGAGAAAUUUCAAAAUGUACGCCGAUGAGCCGAAAGACCUCGGAACUCUUCAACUCGCAAGUCUCGCUGCAAUGGCAGAAACUUUAAAGACUAUUGGCUGCAAUACUAGGACAGUCAAAUACUUUUCGAAACCAUCCGUGAACACCCGGUAUAGCCAUCUUUUCCCAGUGGCUUUUGAGAUGCUCGGGAUGGUUGGUAUCGUGCUACAAAUAAAGAACACUGCUUUCCGCAUGCUACCCAACCCUACGAUCCAUCACUGGGAUCGAAAAUUUUUCUCCGUCCGGACCCUGUUGGUCACCUACAAGUCUGUUCUAGAGGAGGCUGCCAAUUAUCAAAUGCAAGAAGCUCCAGUCGAGACCCAGAGCCACGCAAUGUUCAACAACAAUGAUCAGAUCAGCAUGAUCAUAAGCGAAGCUGGUAAGGUUGAGCAGAGUUUUUGUGCGUCCGAGAAGGCGAUCAGAGUUUCCCAACAGCAGCAUAACCAGGAACAGGAGCAAGAUCAGUUUACGACAUACUUCCUACCUGGACAAAGAACGGAAGAGCCAAAAUUAUACUGCAGGGCUGUCAUAACGUCACUACACGCCGCAAUCGAGAAAUGCGACAUGUUUCUCAGAGUACCUAGAGAAAGACGUCUAGUUCAGUUCGUCUUGCGAAUACACCUUCAGGAGGUCUUGGGCAUGUUCAAUUCACAAAAUACCGAUCAAGAGUCCGCUGAAGGCUGUUCUGAAACUGAAGUUGAGAAGGAGGAAUUGCUCAGAUCCUCCGACCAGCCACCGAAAGUCCAUCGAAUCAACAAACAGCAAAUGGCCCAUAAGUAUCGCAAAGUGAUGUUUCAUAAACUUCAACGACUUGACCCAGCAUCCUAUGGAGAAAGGCAUGCUGUUUUGAUAGAUAUGUACAUUUCUUGGGUACGUGAGAACGUCAUUUGGAAGAUAUGCAGCGAGCUUGAUCGACAACGGAAGCGUCAAAAUCACCAGAACGAGCCACAAAGAAUCCAGCGCACUGGGACCUUAUUUGGAGCUCGUCUGGCUGGCGAUGGGGACGAACUGGACGAUGAUGGAGUGGACACUGAGGGUUGCUGGGAGUCCAAGGCGAAGCAGGAGAUUAGUGAUGUCUGGUGUGUACUUAUCUUUCGCAUGAUAUGCUGGUUACUCCUCCACGAUUUCCAUAAGCUUGAUGUUCAGAUCGACAAGGAUGGGCUUUUUGGAAGUCGCUUACCAGUGUAUAUUGCUUAA